AUGCAGGUGGCCAGCGAUGCGUGGAAGACAACCCUGGAUGCGGUGGUGCCGGCGGUGGUCGUUCUCAAGGUGACACAGACGCGCGCUUUUGACACCGAGUCGGCCGGCUCAAGCUAUGCGACGGGCUUUGUGGUGGACAAGGCACGAGGACUGAUCCUGACCAACCGCCACGUUGUCACACCAGGACCCGUGGUGGCGGAAGCCAUCUUCCUGAACCGAGAAGAAGUGCCCGUGCAGCCUCUGUACUACGACCCGGUGCACGACUUUGGGUUCAUGCGCUUUGAUCCGGGGCGGCUGCAGUUCAUGAAGGCCGGCGAGAUACCGCUGGCGCCGGAUGCGGCGGCUGUGGGCCUCGACAUUAGGGUGGUCGGCAACGACUCGGGGGAGAAGCUGUCCAUAUUGAGUGGCACACUGGCGCGCCUGGAUCGGGAUGCUCCGCACUAUAGCAGACGGGGCUUCAACGACUUCAAUCAAUUCUAUAUUCAGGCUGCCUCGGGCACCAAGGGCGGCAGCAGUGGGUCACCGGUGGUCAACAUCAAGGGGCAGGCGGUGGGGCUGAAUGCGGGCGGCAAGAACAAGGCGGCGUCGGCAUACUACCUGCCGCUGCACCGCAUCGUGCGUGCGCUGCACCUGCUGCAGGCGUGCCACCAGCCCGACGGCUCCUGGGCCCAGCCAGCCAUCCCACGCGGCGACCUGCAAGCGACGCUUGUUUUCAAAGGUUACGAUGAGGUGCGGCGGCUGGGCCUGCGUACGGAGACGGAGGCGGCAGUGCGAGCGUCCAAGCAGCAGCACGAGGGUGAUGGUGCUCUGCUGGGCGAGCGCCCUGGCAGCACGGGCAUGCUGGUGGUAGAGAGCGUGGUGCCGGCCGGCCCCGCCGAGGCCGUGCUGGAGGCGGGAGAUGUGCUGGUGCGCCUGAACGGCCAAAUCGUCACCGACUUCCUCACAAUGGAGGCGCUGCUGGACGACAAUGUUGGCGGCAGCGUGCACGUGGAGGUGGAGCGGGGGGGCAAGCCGCUGGCAGCCGACGUCCGCGUCCAGGACCUCCAGACAGUUACUCCCUGCCGCCUGCUUGACUUGGGCGGAGGCGCGGUGAACGAGCUCAGCUACCAGCAGGCGCGCAACAACCGCGCGGCUGUGGGCCAGGUCUAUGUCGCUGAGUCAGGCUACCUGCUGGGCAAGGCGGGGGUGCCCAAAUAUGCCAUCAUCACCUCGCUGGCUGGAACCCCCACCCCAGACCUAGAUGCCUUUGUCGAGGCACUUAAAGGCCUGCGCCAUGGCCAGCGCGUGCCGCUCGAGUUCUUCACCUUUGGGGAGCGGCACCGCCGCAAGAGCACCAUCCUGCACGUCAACUGGAGCUGGUAUGGCCCACCCAAGGUGUGGACUCGCAACAACGCGGCCGGCAUCUGGGACUGCCUGGUGGAGAUGCCGCAUAGCCUAGCUGCGGCUGGGCCAAAGGCAGGGGAAGCAGGAGAGGCAUGUGAUGUCGCCGCCGCCAAUGGCACGCCACCAGCAGCAGGCGGAUCAGCAUCCAAGCGUCCACCGCUGCACCCUGGGGCUGCCAGCGGCACCACAGCAGGGCCCGCGGCAGCCAGCCCUGCCAAGGCAGGCGCAGCAGGGGCCAGCAUCCCGCGCAAGCGAUCCGUGCCAUCCAUCCCCCAGCACGAGGACAUCGAGAAGCAGCAGCCGGGCGUGACGGCGCAGGCAGACGACUCACGGCUGCUGGGCAGCCCUGCUGCGGAGGCAGCAAUGGCAGCGGGCAUGGGCGCGGCGGCUGGCGAGGCGCCUGCAGACCAAGCUGAGGCCGCCAACAUGUGGCGUUCGAUGUUGGAGGAGCAACUGCGGUGUGGCCUGGUGCUAGUCGAUGUGGAGAUCCCGCUGGUGGCCCUGGCAGAUGGCGUGCACUCCCGCUCCUUUUCGGGGUGCGGCGUGAUUGUGCACCAGUCUGAGUCGCUGGGGCUCGUGCUUGUGGACCGCAACACAGUUACGGUGGGCCCCGGCGACGUGAUGCUUAGCUUUGGCGCCUUCCCCGCCGAGGUGCCCGCCCGCGUGCGCUUCCUGCACCCCCUGCACAACUUCAGCAUCUGCUCCUACGACCCGCGCCAGUUGUCAGAGGAGGCCCGCCGCCUGAUUCGCCCGCUGCACCUGGCGCCCUCCCCGCCGCUACGCCGCUGCGAUGCCGUGGAGCUGGUCUGCCUGUCUAAGAGCCUGCGCAUCCUGCACCGCACCAGCAGCGUGACCAACCCCGCCAUGUCAGUCCUGAUACACAAGGCGGAGGUGCCGCGCUUCAGGGCGGUGCACGAGGAAGUGGUGAAGUUAGAUCAGGACUUUGGUAUCGCGUACUCGGGCGUGCUGUGCGAUCGCUCAGGCGGCGUGCGUGCUCUGUGGGGCUCCUACUCCGAGCAGCUGAAUAAGGAGGAGCAGGAGUGGACGGCAGGUGGGUCAACAUGUGCAUGCGAGCCAGCCAGGCUGGACGGCAGCGGCAGCGACGCAAGCGGCGGUGGGGGUUUGGAGGCGACCGUGCCUCUGCCACCGCCACCGGUGGUGACGCUGGAUGCGGAACUGGAGCCAUUGCUGCUGUCCAAGGCUGCUCAGUUUGGUCUGCCCACUGAGUGGGUGAGCCGCCUGGUGCGCCUUGACCCAGAGCGCCGCCAGGUGCUGCGCGUCCACUCCCGUGUGGCAGGCAGCCAUGCGCAGGAGGUGCUGUGUGACGCUGACAUGGUGCUGGCCAUCAGCGGCCAGCCUGUCAGCUCCUAUAACGAUGUGGAGCGCAUCAUUGCCGAGGCAGCAGCAGCAGCCGCUCAGCUGCCAGAGGUGCAGCUGACAAUAUUCCGAGACUCUGCGGUGCAGGAGGUGACAGUCAGGCUGGGCGGCGAGGACGGGCUGGGCACCAAUCGGAUGGUGCACUGGUGCGGCGCACAGCUGCAGUACCCUCACCGCGGCGUGCGCGAGCUAGGCUUCCUGCCCGAGAGGCACGGCGUGUACAUCAGCCGCUGGCACCACGGCAGCCCCGCCCACCGCUACGGCCUGUACGCCCUGCACUGCGUGUCGGAGGUGAACGGGCAGCCCACCCCGGACCUGGACGCCUUCAUCUCGGUGGUGCGCCAGCUGCCCGAUGGCGCCGACGUGCGCGUGCGCCUGGUGCACUUUGAGAGCAACAAGAGCAAGGUGCUGACUCUCAAGACAGACCACAGAUACUGGCCCACCUGGCAGCUGGUGCUAGACUCCGUGACCGCGGAGUGGACGCGGGAGCCCAUCAGCAGUCCCAUCUGAAGCUGGCCGCCCUGUGACCCGCGCCGCGACUCGGCUGAAAACAUUUUCUAUGCCUCAGGCCACUCAGGACUGCAACAUGGCAAUUUUCCAAGGGCCAAGUGCUUUGCAUCGCACGCUAACCGGAUGGCAACAGCCGGCAACAGCCGGGAUUUAUGCUGUCACCACUGGUGGCGGUGCUUACUUGCAAAACAAACAGGUGCAGCUGCAUGUCUGAUGUAAAUCGACUGCAUUUUG